AUGGAAGGAUUCGCAGCAGCAGAAGCCAUGUUGUACAUCAUCAAUAAAAUUUCCAACAGCUCAUUGCUCCCUAACAUCACUAUUGGUUACGAUAUCCGGGAUGACUGUAACACAUUAAUCCGAGGAGUUGAAGCCGCCUUUGAUUUUCUGUCAAGACCUGGAAGAGUCCCAUAUUAUCCAGUGACGCCAGACAAAUCCUACAAAUCUUCGCCGAACACCAGCAACCAUGCAGACACCGCCCAGCAGUUUAAGAUGUCAGAACAGUCAGUUAUUGCCGUUGUUGGACCAGCAAACUCUGACCAAUCGUUGGUAACUUCAACCAUCUUUAGCACAGUUCUGCUACCUCAGAUUAGUUAUUCUGCAUCGAGUCAAGUUCUCAGUGAUAAAACAGAGUUUACUUCGUUCUUCAGGUUAGUACCUAGCGACUGGGUCCAAGUGAAAGCAAUGAUUGACGUCCUUCUACAUCUGAACUGGACAUAUGUAUCCUUACUUGGUAGUGACACCAAUUACGGACGUCUCGGUUUAGCUUUGCUGGAAUAUGAGGCUGCUAAAGUGGAUAUCAAAAUUGCUAUGAAAAAAACAUUCAGUUACAGUUCCGCGCCGCAGGUUGCUGAAGAUAUUAUGGCAUAUAUCAACAGUAAUCCUAUAGUGUCAAAGAGCAAGGUCUUUAUCAUCUUUGCGUCACCACACGAAGUCUACCGUCUGCUAAAGAUAUUUCAGGAAUUCAAUUUUUCGGACAUCACAUAUUUCGCAUCAGAAAGUUGGACAUUAAAUAAAAGAAUUUUGAAUCUUGAUGUCAGUAUUAUUGAAGGCACUCUGGGGUUGCGUCCUUAUUCCGAAACUCCAACCGAUUAUCAAUCAUAUUUGGAAAGCCUGUCUUUAAAAGACGUCACAGAGUUAGAUACUUGGUUUCAAGAAUAUCUCAUUAUUAAGCACAUUUGUUCCAAUAUUACUCAACAAAACGAAACGAAUUGGAUACAUGAUGAGAUACCUCAAAUAGGUCACCGCAAUUUUCAAGAAGCAUGCUUUCGUAAUUUGCAGUCGAGUGGAAAAUCAGGGGAAUUGUUCGAUUACCUAAUGUUGAAGAAAGUACCGUUCGUAUUGGACGCAGUAUAUGUUAUUGCGCAUGCGUUACAUAAAUUACUGUGCAGCAACGGUUCCUGUCUGAAGAGGUUUAUUUCGAACAAAGAAAUAUUUGAAAUGAUAAAACAAACAAAAUUUGAUGGUCAGUCCGGCUUUAUUGAGUUUAACGAAUUUGGAGAUAUUUCUGGAGCAUUCUCCUUGUUCAAUAUACAAAAGAAAGAAGACGGCCAUUUGUUCUACAGAAAAGUUGGACAUUGGAAUUGUUCAUAUUUAGUUAUGGACCAGAACGAUAUCGUAUGGAAAGGUGAAGCUGAUGUAGUGAUAUCUCGUUGUGACCAGCCCUGCCCACCUGGGACACGCUUAGCUUUAGCAUCGGACAAGGAAUGCUGGACAUGCGUCCCCUGUGGUAAAGGGCAAUUUACAAAUGCCUACAAUAUGGCGUCUUGUCUGAACUGUACAGAACGUUUCGGAACAGGAUGGGGAAGUAACAAGAAUUACACGUCCUGUGAAGAGCUUCCGCAAGAUUUCCUUUCUUGGAACGGACAUUUCGCUGUCGGCAGUCUUCUUUUCUCAAGCAGCUGUCUCCUGUUCACAUUAAUAGUAUUAUCAUUCUUUGUGAAAUACCGCCACAGUCACAUUGUUAAAGGAUCUAAUCGGGAGCUGACAUAUGUCUUAUUCGUAUCUUUGAUCCUUUCUAUAUUUUCCCCAUAUGUCUAUAUUGGUCGGCCAACUCAUACACGCUGUAUGUUGCAACCAAAUUAUUUAUCCUUUGUUAUGUCUUCAUCCGUGCUAGUUAUAUAUUUUAAAACGGAUCGAAUACUUUGCAUCUUCAACGCUAAACCGACCACAAUUGAUAAUCUUCAUUUAGAAAAACGUAAACGAGAUCGAUUGCAGAUAUUAUGCUUUUUGGUAAUCGAAUUAAUUAUUUGUGGUUCAUUAGCAGCAUCAACAUAUUUUCAUCAACCAACCGUGGAUUUCUAUACUGUUCAAGACACAUCUGUAUCACUUGGAUGUUCUCUAGCUUGGUACCACCAACACGCCGUAGCUUUCGUUUGGUUUACAAUUCUUAUACUUGGCAGUAUUUACAAAGCGUAUCGCGUACGGAAACUCCCGGAAAACUUUAACGAAGCAAGACAAAUUAAUUUCACAUUAUUUAUACUGUUCCUAAUAUGGGUUUUGGUGUCAGUAGGUGUUGCUAACGAACCCAACCACGGCGUAUGUUCUUCUUAUAUAUGUAUAGCUGCCCAGCUUCAUACUCUAGUUGUGCUGGUGUUCAUGUUGAUUCCCAAACUGAGAAUCAUCAUAUUUCAACCAACGAAAAACUCUACAGAAGCUAUCCUCCAUAUUACACCGUUGAUGCUUCGCACUAGCAAAGUUAUCUUCAUUUUCUCUCGUACUUCAUUUUCUCGUGCUUCAUUAUCUUCAUUUUCUCUCGUGGUAGAUAUUAGUGAAAUCAAGGCAUCUAAUCUAGCUUUCCCCUCUAAAUCUGUACCCUCAAAUACUUUCAAGCUAGGCCGAAAAGUUGCUGAAACAGCUCACGAUAUCAACGAUGCGUUUGGCCCAGGAACCACAAAUGAACGUACAGUAGAAUGGUGGUUCAAGAAAUUUCGCAACGGUGGCGAGAGUCUUGAAGAUGAUAAGCUCUGUCUACAAGAACGACCAUUCAGUGAAUUGAAGAAAUAUCAGUAA